AUGUCUCAACAAACCAUCUUCGUCAGCGGUGCAACAGGAACAGUCGGUGGCGCAGUUGCUCAUAACCUCCUCAAAGCCAACAUUGCCGUCCAUGCCCUGGUUCGUGAUCCCGAUUCGCCAGCCGCCAGAGCCCUCGCAGAUCUCGGCGCACGUCUCACUAAAGGCGGCUACGGCGAUGAUGUGCCCCUCAAGGAGGCGAUGAAGAACGUUACCGGCGCCUUUCUCAACCUGACGCCCGACUUCAUCGACCACACCUGGGAGCUCCGCACCGCGAAGCGAAUCAUGGCAGCUGCCAAAGAGGCCGGCGCCGUCCACUUCAUCUACAGCAGUGGCUUCGCCGUCCAGGCACCCGAGAGGCUGGAGCACUGUACCCCAGACAGCUUUGUUUCCAUGGUCCUCCAUUCAAAGCAGUCCAUCGAGAAGGCUGUCCGAGAGGCUGGCUUUGAGUACUGGACCGUCUUGCGGCCGGGAAGCUUUUCGUCAAACUACCUACUUCCUCAGGUUGCCCCUUUUCCGGAUCUGGUCAACAAGGGAAGAUUCGCGAAUGCUUUCAAACCGACCUCCAAGAUACCGACUCUGGACCCCUAUGACAUUGGGAGGUUUGCUCUGGCAGCUUAUCGCGAUCCUACGAUAUUCAAUCGCCAGGAAAUUCCCCUGUCAUCGGAGAUGCUGACGGUGGAUGAGAUCAUGGCGAAGCUGUCCAAGACCAGCGGAAAGGACAUACGGGCGGUCUUCUUGACGGAAGAGGAGAUCGACUCCCAGAAGGCUGGGAAUCCUUUCAUUGCUGGGCAGCUGGCCGCUCGCGACAUGGACCAGUUCGCGGAUGAGGAGAACACUCGAAGUUGGGGUAUUACUAUGAGUACUUUUGAUGAGUUCCUUGAGCGGGAGAGAGAAAGAGUCCUACAGACCUAUGCCCAGCUUGCCUGA